CGCAUGAACCAUCAAUAUCACUGACUAAACAAUACAGUAAUACAGUACUGCAACAACGCAAUGGAAACAACUCACCGAACCAAUAAAUAGCUUUCGAAACGCAUUCUGGGCAGCCAAGGACAUGACCGAUUCCGGAGCAGCUACGGGAACGGCAAUGGCAACGGCAAUGGCAAUGGCAACGGCAACCGCAACGGCAACGGCAACGGCAACGGCAGAGGACGGACCGCUGGUUCCCCCGGACGGAUCGCUGGACGGGUCUUCCUCUUCCCUUCCACCGCCGCCCACCCGCGACUACUCCAGGCUCCGAAAGGCCGCCGCCUCGCAGUCCCUCGCCCGGUUGAAGGAGGAAAUCUCCGCCGGGGAGUGGAAGGCCCGGGACAUCGACGACAACGACGCCUACAACCACUCCAAGGGCAGGCAGCGCCAGAGGCAGCACGCCUCCAAGAGCGCCCUGCACAUGGCCGCCUGGAAGGGCUGCCUCGACAACGUCCGGUACCUGUUGGAGAAAGUGGGCUGCGACAUCGACGCCUACUCCAGGCAGGAGUUCAGCUACGGCAAGACGGCCAUCUUCUUUGCCCUCACGCAGAGCCGGAUCGUCGUGACGGAGUACCUGCUGGAGAGGGGGGCCAAGGUGACCAUUGUCAACAACAAGGGCCAGUCGGUCCUCAGCAUGGCGGCCACCCACUUUCCCUCUGGCGGCGGCGGCGGCGGCGACAACGACAACAACGACGAGAGCGAGAGCAACGCGGGGGCGAGGAUCGUCCGGACCAUCCAAACGCUCGAGCGCGCCCAGGGAGACUGGUGGAACUUUCGGGCCUCCCACUCGGACGGCUUCGAGUACGGGGACCUGGACCCCCGCUUCUUUGCCGACCGGCCCCUCUCGGAAACCGACGUGGUGACCACCCUGGCCAUCAACCCGACCACCCGGGAGACCCGCAAGGGGGGCUUUCUGAAGCGGAACCCAGGGGCGGCCUCCCGGCCCUUCAACAGGAACUGCGAGAAGAAGCCAAGAGCCAAGGCAAACGCCAAAGCAAAGGCAAGGGGCCGGGCCGCGGGGGUUCCGGCGGGCCUCCCGCCGGGGGAGCGGGAGGAGCUGGACCGGGCCUGGGGGUCGCUGGUGGCGAGAGCGGCGUCGCCGGAAGAGCCGGCCGCCGGCACCACCACCGAAGAGGAAGAGGAACAGGAACAAGAACGGCUGUCACCACCAACAGAGACAACGACGACGACGACGACACCACCAUCAACAACAACGACAACGACAACGACAACGACAACGACAACGACAACAACGCCCUCGUUGUCGUCGCAGCUGCUGCGGAUAGUCCGGCUGAGCGACCGGCAGCGCCUUCCAUGGAUCCCAACCACCGCCGCCAAACUGAAAGAACUCUUCGGAUCCGAACAAACGAUCGGCCUCUUGGAGGGGGCGAUCCGAGAUCCGGCGGCCACGAAACGGCAGCAAAAGCUCCUCCAUAAAAUACGGGGCCGGCUGGGGCCGGGGGGGGUCCUUCAACCCACCGGUGGGGGCAACCGAGCGCGGGAAACCCGCAGCGAAGACGACCCAACCAAAACCAAAACCGAACAAGACAGCGACCACGACCAAGGCGUUUUUCUCUUUUCGUCGUUCCACUGGGCGACGGCGCGCGCCGUGGUCAGGGAUCUCUCCGUGUCGGUGCUCGAACCCCGGCAGGCACCACCCCCCGAACCCGAAGGGUGCCUCGCGUCGCCGCCGCCGCCUCCGGUUCUGUCGCUCCCGGAGCCUCCGGUGUUUGUGGACUCCCCCGCCCCGCUCGAGGACCUCCUGGCAAGGGUAGAGGCGGCGAGGCUGGUGGCCAUCGAUACCGAGUGGUACGCGCCCGGAACAAGCGGAACAGGCGGACCGCGGACCGCCCUGUCGAUCCUCCAGCUGUCCUUUGUGGCGGGGGACGGGGGCGGCGGCGCGGACCCACGGACUCCCGUGCUAGCGAACUACGUCGUCGAUCUCAAGAAGGCAGAGGAGUCUUGCGCGGCGGACCAUUGCAUCGACAACGAAGACGAAGACGAGUACCGUUGCCUAGCGAAGCGGCUGGUGGGAAAUUUGCUGGGUUUGGACGGCGAUGGCGCGGAUGAAGAUGCCGGACCGCUGGUUCUGGGAUUUGCGAUCAAGCACGAUUUGCACUACCUGGAAGCAUUCCUUGACAAAAAGAGCGGAGGGCACGGACGACCAUUGGCAGCACCGGCGGUGACAGCAGCAACGACAGCAGUAGCAGCAGCUCCCAGCGGGACCCACACCGACAAGCCAAGCUCCAUCGUUUCCCCCCGGCUGCUCGACCUGCAGGCCGCCAUGGCGGCGGCCGUUCGUUCGACCGGCGGCGGAUCGGCCACCCAGAGAAAACCCCGCUCCCAGCUCCCGGGCCUCAGGUCCUGCGCGGCCCGGUACUCGGACACCCCGCUCUCCAAGGACCACCAGUGCUCCGACUGGGGGAGACGCCCCCUCUCGGAGGCCCAGCUGGGCUACGCCGGCCUCGACGCGGCCGUCCUCCUGGUGCUCCUGGCCGAGCGGUCCCGCGAGGCGGAAGCGGGAGGGGAGGGGUGACCCGUUGGGUUCCGCACGGGCACGGACGCGGUGGGAAGGGACCGAACCAGGUAGUUGUGGUAGCCGGCAUCAUCGAAUGGAAUGAAUCGCAUCGAGUUUU